AUAUUUGAAAAGGCUUUGGAAUAAUUUGACACGUUUUGCAGGUCUGAUUCCUAAAAAAACGUGUCAAAAGUCAGCAUAGCAGUAUCAUCCAACGCAAACUCGUCAUUAACACAACUAUGGUAACAGCUAUACCUCAAAAAUCGCUCAACCUUGCGAAGCUAGAUCUUGAAGAUUGCAUAAAAUAUGUAUGAUCGUUAGACACUUGAUUAGUUUGGCUGAUAUGGCAACAACGGCUAAUGUUGUUAUUAGGCGUGCUUUAGAAACUGUGUUCAAUAAUUAUCCAAGUUAAUAUCAAGCCGUUGCAUAAACCAUGAUGCAAAGAUAAACAAGAAUUAUGAAGUUUAUUAUGCGAAAUUCAUUUGGGUAAAAUAUGUGGAAAUAAUUGCGUUGUAGCAAAAACCAAAUUUUAGAAAUUUCUAGGAUGAACCAUGGUUUGAACCCAGUUUUCAUCAGUUCCGACAAAAACAAGGCAGUGAAAGCCGAAGCAAAUUGUUCUUCGGUGUUUUUUUUGUUGUGUUUUCAGAGGCAUUGCCAAGCGACGUCUGCAGAGACCUUCACGCAUUUCAUUUCCACCAGAUGCAGAGACAACCGUUCUUUUCAUCAAAAUAUGUACAGAAAUGACACAUCGUCAUCGGAAUUGUGAAUAAUUACACAAUGUCAAUUAAACAUAGACCAUAUGCAGUUCAAUUUGAAACAGGUUCCAGCGUUGGGGGUUCAUUAUUAAGCUAAUGUUAUUUAAGAAACCGUUGAGUUUAAUUACGCAACUUGCCAUAUUAACAAAAAUAUAUCUCCUAUCGUGUCUACUCCAUUUCAGCCGUUCUAAUAAAUAUUUAAUCAAAAGCAGAAGUUUUUAUUAACUAAUUGUCUUCUGUGCACUUCAUGCUAAGCCUUGCGCCAUAAACUUUUAGGAAAAAAGUUAUUAGACCGAUCGCUUUAUUCAGGGAAAGAAAGAUUCCAAAACCACAAGGUGAUUCGUGUACAAUUGUUGAGAUCCUAACGACUAUUGCUGCAGCGUGGUAACGCGUUAAAAGCUUCACACUUGUCACGACGAUUUUUGCCAAAAUACACCUGAAGCUCAUUGCCACUUUGCAUAUCAUGCAGAGUUGAUUGUACGAGUGUCCUUCGUUGAAGACAAAGUCAACCCGAAGAGACACAAGUAUCUGGCAUAAUAGGAGUGGUAACUGCCUAAAAUAUACUGGAAAAUCCUUCAACCCAAAGGCGUUCGUAAAACGAGAGAUAAAGAUGAAUUUGUUCAUUUGGGUAGCAAUUUUUACCUCAACAUUUAAAGGUUUUUCAGCAGACUCUGGUGCAGCUCCACCAACGUCAAAACCUACAAAAGAACCAAUAAUACAAGAUAAAAAGUUGCCAUUGCCGUCAACGAAGAAUUUAUUAUGGCAUGGAGCUUGCUCUAAUCGUCUUGAUGCGCAAAGAUACGCUGUUGGUGGUAUUAUGUUUCCAAAAAAUGCAACUGCCAGUCUUGGUAAUUUCAGGGGGACCUGUGUCUCAGACCCAGAGGCAUGUUUGGAUGGACUUUCAUUCGAGUUAUGGGUCUGGUUUGCUGAAAAUGAUAAACAAACUUUAUCCAAUACUAAAAGUAUAAUUCUACAAUCUGGUUCGAUGAAAUCCCGUGGGAUUGAGCUUUCAGUCAUUAAUAAAACCAUUACGUUCACCGUUUACGCUAAAAGUUAUAUUUCAGAAAGUCAGGUUGAAGUGGAGAGUUUUAAGAAUUGGAUUCACCUCGUGGGCGUGUGGAUUAAGAAAAGUCAUUCGGUUCAACUAUUUGCGGGUGGCGUAAAGUGCAGUUGUACGCAGAUACGGCGGCGAGUUACCAACAUUACGGAUGAUCUUGAUGGAAACUUGACCUUAGGACCAAUUGCAAAAGUUAGACCAGGUUUUGUCGUUCUUCACAACUUGUCUAUUUGGAUGCGAGCAAUUCGUGAUAGCGAAAGACAAACCCGUUUAAAACAUCGUAUGCCGACGCAAGAAAGACAGGAAGAACUUGAUGAAAUAUGCAAUAAACAAUGCUCUGCUUAUGGUAAAUCUUUACCUUGGUUGGCACGAUUUUCCUCGUCUUAUCAGAACUACGAGAUGCAAUGCCUUGAAGUUGAACAGCUAUCAAACGAUACACAAUGUCACUCUUUUACCACGUCAUUGAAACCACUCAAGGAGCUCAAGGACGUGUUGUUCAGACGACCUCUGUAUGGCAACAAUGAAAUUCAAAUGUGGCUUGAUCACAUGUGCAAUGAUCCCUUGGUUAAUAAUAUUCAAAAUCUGCAACCGAGUUUAAUCAACCACAUUGCACGUUUUGAUGACAAUACUUUGAAAUGUGAACGUGUUUCUUUCCAAAGAACGGCUUCGGAACAACCAAAAGCAGAUGAAGAUAAACUAAAAAGUUUAAUACAAGCAUCGUGUGCCCAGAUUCCUCUUGGCCUUGGUUCAGGAGAAAUCCCAUAUCUUUGGUUCACUACUCAGCAUCUCUUCACUCUCUCCAAAAAUGAAAGCCAUUCUUGGUGCUCUGACAAGCCAGAUAACUACAUAGAAAUCGACCUCAUGUUUCUUCAUCAAAUUUGUGCCUUAAACAUCUCGAGUCAAGUACGUCGAUGGACGUUAUGGUAUUCAAACGACAAGGAAAUCUGGUCAACAUAUUUUCAGUUAUUAAAAGGCGGCGAUAGAGAGGGACAGAUUCUUCCUGUGUAUAUAAUGGCGCGAUAUUUGAAGCUUAAGCCACACGAUCAAACGACUUCUUAUUGUGUCACGAAUAUUUCCGUUAACGGAUCUUCUCAGGCCUACAGGGCUGCUUCCUGUCAGUACUAUUGGGAUGAGCUUUCAGCCACAGAAGAUGGAUUGUACAUAAUCUAUCCGAACAAGGGAAGUAAUCGAAGCCUUGUUCUUUGUCUUGGCUCAGAAAAUCACGAAGUUGUUCAAUCGAUUCCAAUCCAUGAUCACGAUAUGAAGUUGCAAUGGCCGUCAACGAAGAAUUUAUUUUGGCAUGGAGCUUGCUCUGAUUGUCUUGAUGCACAAAGAUACGCUAUUGGUGGUAUUAUGUUUCCAAAAAAUGCAACUGCCAGUCUUGGUAAUUUCAGAGGGACCUGUGUCUCAGAUCCAGAGGCAUGUUUGGAUGGACUUUCAUUCGAGUUAUGGGUUUGGUUUGCUGAAAAUGAUAAACAAAAUUUAUCCAACACUAAAAGUAUAAUUCUACAGUCUGGUUCGAUGAAAUCCCGCGGGAUUGAACUUUCAGUCAUUAAUAAAACCAUUACGUUCACUGUUUACGCUAAAAGUUAUAUUUCAGAAAGUCAGGUUGAAGUGGAGAGUUUUAAGAAUUGGAUUCACCUCGUGGGCGUGUGGAUUAAGAAAAGUCAUUCGGUUCAACUAUUUGCGGGUGGCGCAAAUCGCAGUUGUAUGCAGAUACGGCGGCGAGUUACCAACGUUACAGAUGAUCUUGAUGGAAACUUGACCUUAGGACCAAUUGCAAAAUUUAGACCAGGUUUUGUCGUUGUUCACAAUUUGUCUAUUUGGAUGCGAGCAAUUCGUGAUAGCGAAAGACAAACCCGUUUAAAACAUCCUGGUCCUAAAAUGCCUCUCUGGUCAGAUUGGACUAAUUGUCCAUCGGAUUGUAAACAGAAGCGCUACAGAAAUUGUCCAGGAUGUGAAGUAGAAAUUGUCAAAACACGAAUAUGUCAUGAUACCUACAUAUGUGGUUUGAGAAGGAAGUGGCCACUGAACAACGUGUCAAAUUUAUCGUGUCCCAACUGUCGAAAUCUUGUUGCCAGCUCAGCCUUGAUCCUGCCAAUAAAUUCAACCAUCAUUCUUGGGAAUUUCAAGGCAACAUGUUUAGCUGAGCCUAGACGUUGUAUAGAUGGAUUAACGUUUGAGAUAUACCUUUGGUUUGCCGAAUAUAAAAGUGAUGUCCAAAGAGAACAACGAGGCACGAUUCUAAAGUCUGGUUUUACUCUUGGUUUUCGUUUCACUGCCCGAAGCAAAAUUGUUUACUUCCAAUUAUUUAAUGAGGCUUGUGUUAGAGAAUGUGAUGUUAGAAGUAAUGAUUGGGUGCAUAUUGUCGGUAUUUGGUUUAAAAGCUCGAACAGUUUGAAUUUGUUCAUGGAUAAGGUGAACAAUUACUGUAAUAAGAAGUGCUUUGAAAAUGCUGCUAUUUUAAAACAUGGCAGUAAAAGUGAUGACAAUGCAAGUGCUGGUGAUUUGACCUUGGGACCAAUUCAAACAGACAGUGAUGGUUACGUCAUCGCCCAGAACUUGUCAAUUUGGAUGAGAGCAAUUAAAGAAACAGAGUUGGACGAGCUUUUUACACACAAUAUUCCUGCAUUGCCUGAAAACUGGGAACAGUGGUCGAAAUGUGUGCAACCUAAUUGUACCACAAAACGACGCAGGAAAUGUCAAAGCGACAAUUGCACUGUCAAUAUCGUUGAAAGAAAGAACUGUGGUGUGUGUAAAGCUCCACCGUCAACCUGCAAAACACCGGAUGGAAAAGAAUGGAAUUCCACCCAGCUUCGUCUAACCAUCCAGAAGUAUUGUAAGAAUUUAUCGUUCAGUGAAGACUGGCUUGUUAUCUUGAAACGAAAUGACACCACGUCGAACUUUACUCGCACCUGGAAAGAUUACAGUAAUGGUUUUGACAAUUUGGAUGGAAAUCAUUUUGUUGGAAAUGAAAAACUUCAUCAGCUAACGAGAUAUGCGAAUUUUCAAAUAAUGGUGUAUUUUCAUGAUCCGUCGAAAAGUGUAUCAAAACUCGGCACAACAACAUGCGAUUCUUUCUAUGUUUUUUCAAAAGAUGAGAAUUAUUCUGCGGAGUUUAAACGAUGCAAAGGACCAGCAGCGCAUGCUUUAAGUUAUUUAAACGGGGCGAGUUUCUCGACCCCCGAUCGUGACAAUGAUUUAAAUGGAACAGAGCACUGCGCUCAGAAUGACAGAAGCGGGUUUUGGUAUAAAGAUUGUGGCAAAGUUAGCUUUACUAUUUCAGGGGAAAAUACCUUUGUUGUUUCGUAUUUAACAGAAAAUGGAAGUCGUGUUGAGAUGCAUGCUAUCAUUAUGAUGAUCAAACCAUAUCAUAAACGAUACCAUGAAUUAAACCUGAAACUCAGAUUUAUAAAUGAGAGUUGGAACAACGAGUUAGCAGAUAAUUCAACACACCGUUUCUUCCUCUUGGCGGGAAAAAUUAAACAGAAUAUUGGGGAAAUUUACCGCAACGACAGUGCUUACACAUCAGCAACUAUUGUUAGUUUCAGGCAAGGCAGUGUUAUUGCAACUAUCAUUCUCGACUAUCUCACCAUUAAUGGAAGUCAGAUUGCGUCACUUUUAAUGGAUCUUCGUAACGGAUAUCUAAAUGCUCAGAUGGCUGUGUCAUAUAAAUACAGCGAUUUGAAGAUAUCAGGCCAAUCAGACGACCGCCCGGAGAUCAGUGAUCUAUACAACACAAGUUCAACAAGUUUUAACAUUAGCUGGCGUAAACUCACUGAGAUGACUGGAAUACGUGGCUAUAAAAUAUACUAUACGACUAUAGAAACAGCAGCACACUGGUCAGAGUCUGACGUAACCUCGAAUCAAUCUGAGACAACAAUUACAAACCUCAAAAUGUUCACAGUGUAUUUUGUUUGUGUUUUGGCAUAUUCAAAUAACAUGACUACUCUCCCAAGUCAAAUUCAUAAUGUCACCACUGAUGAGUCUGUUCCCGAAGUCGCACCAAACGAUAUUACAGUUUAUUGGAACAAGACAGACUCCACAGUUCUUGUGACGUGGGCUCACAUUCCUCGACCGCUGAUCCGUGGAUAUUUGUCACAUUACGUCAUAACCUACUCAAAUUCUACAAGCAAUUUCACACAGACCAGUCCCACGAACUCAAGUGUUAUAACUAGACUCGCUUUAUUCACUCACUAUCGGAUAACAGUUGCUGCAGCGACCAGAAUUGGCGUUGGUCCGUCGAGAAAUAUUUCAUACAGAACCAGGGGAAUUCCACUUCUAGCUCCGACGAAUUUAACCGCCGCAGGAACAACAGGGGGUGGGAUUACCGUAUCAUGGAUCUCAAUACCUGAUGAUGUUAGAUAUGAUGAAGUCAUUGGGUACAGGGUCUAUUAUUAUGACCAGGCAGAGCUUAGAAACACCACUCUCUCUGUUCAUCAGACUAACUUCACGAUUAACGACGUUAAAGUCAAUGUGAACUAUGAUUUUACCGUUUGUGGAUUGUCUGCUGGUGAAAGGGAAGGACGUAGAGCAUAUACCAGCAUUAUAAUAUGGAACGUGACAGUUCCCAAAAUGCCACCGAAAAACCUCACUUGUCCCGGCUCAUCCCCUUACACCAUCUCUGUUGGUUGGUAUGAAUACACCGCUGCCCAGACAGGAGGCUCACUGAAGAACUACAUCCUCUGGUACCAUGCCAAGGGAAACCCAAGUGAAGAGAAGAACAUUACCCUUCGUCCCUAUCCACCUUGGUAUACUCUUGAAAACUUACGCAACUCUACAGAAUAUAAAAUCACAGUUUUUGUCUAUAACGAGAAAGGUUUCAGUCCAUCGGCAAAUAUAACCUGUAAAACCAAAGAAGGACGACCAACAACACGACUGCAGCUUCUUCAUGUAAAUUCCUCGGUCGGGGAAAAUAUCAUCCCGUUAACAUGGCAGCAAUCCCAAGGGAAAGUACGCGGAUAUAAAGUACUCUAUCAGAAAGUGUCUGAAGCUGGAUCUAAAGUCAAAGACGCAAGUAAUAUGAAAGUGAAAAGGUUUUCGGCAGAUAAAACCAGUGGUUAUGUUGGUGGUCUUACUUCUUUUUCAAAGUAUUGUUUUAAAAUUCUGGUCUUUAACGAGUAUUUUGAUGGACCGUCCAGUAACUUCAAAUGCGCAGAAACGUGUCGUUGUCCUCGCAUUAUUUUCACGAACUGGUUCGUUGUGGAUCCUUACGUAAUAUCGUCCAACUCUGGGAUUUUCCCGACUUUGGUUAAAAGAAUGAUCUCUGGCGCCUGCGGAUAUUGCGAAACAUAUAACAAUGGAACAACGAUAGUUCACUUUCAGAAGGACGGAAAUCGUAAACGGGCACAAAAGAGAACUUCGAAACAGGUUCAACUAGAGAAAAUUUCCAACGAAACGCAAAUUAGUUUUCCGGUUGUCGGCCCGAAAACUGGUUCAACCGGUAAUGCCGGCUGUUUUAUGCCCAUUAUCAAAAGCCCAAGUUCAGUUUUCAUCACGCGGAAACCAGUCAUGUCUACUGUUUCGCAACUUGUCAUUGGAAAAGCUUUGGUUGGUACUUUGCCGUUGUUGGCAUUCACUUUUGUUAUGUUGCUGCUUGGUGCUAUAUUGAUAUGGGCUGUGGAGCAUCCAAAUAAUUAUGAUACAAUACCAAAGCCAUUCUUUCAAGGUGUAAAACAGAGUCUCUGGUGGGCAUAUGUGUCUGUGACCACUGUUGGAUAUGGCGACAAAGUCCCAAAAUCAAUUCCUGGACGUAUAUUCGCAAUGAUUUGGAUUUUGUAUGGUAUAGCACUCAUUAGCUUGGUCACGACGGGUCUGACUACUGCCCUCACAGCAACCAUCGUGGUUGUCACAAAGGACGUAAAACUUUAUGGCUCUCAGGUUGCUGCAGUUGAUAACAGUUUGGAAUUUCAACUGGGGUUGUUGAAAGGAGCUCGCAUGAAUCAGAAGAAAAAUUUUUCAAACGUCAUUUCAGUCCUUGAAGCUGUUGAAAAUGGUGAUGUGGACGGCGGUUUAGUAGACAGGCUUACGGCGGCACGUCUUGACAAACUCCAUGAACCAAACAGUGUUCUCGUGAUCAAAGAUAUAAUUGAAAAACAGUCGACUUACGGUGUCUUCGUCAGUGGGAAAGCAACUAAACUGUGCCAGAAAUUCCAACAAUACUUGCGUAACAAUGCCAACUUUGUCACCGAAAAAGUAAAAGAGUUUUCUGAACCUUUAAAGAAAGGUCAGGUCUCGUCAUCAGGUAGUCAAGGUAAUUGGACCGCCUCAGGGACGCCAUCAGAGGAAUUGAUUAUAUCAGCAUCUUCGCCUGUAUUUCUACCUUUGUUGUUAUGGCUCCUUGGAGUCCUUUUCUUUGUCAUUAUGGUGGCCUUAGCUUGGCAUUUCCUCUACUUCAAACAUGUCUUCGCUGCAGCCAAGAAAAACAAAGUUAUCCCGCUAAACCACCGAAAGGAAGAUAUCUCGUCUCUACAACAGUUUCUGACCGAAUUCCGAGACGAGGCCCAACGGAAGGUUCGGGAGAUAAAAGUUCGACAUGUGAGGGAAUUGAAAACUAUCUACAAGUUGAAAACCGGUUAAAAAACUUCACUGAUUUGCUUUAUGUAAGAUUCACUGAGCUAGCAAGUUGAACAAAAAGAGCUGAACGACUGCACUUUAAUUUCUAAUAAUUGAUAACUAAAUAUUCAGCAUAUGAUAGAAAAUGUGCACCAUGAACUAUGGUAUUUAUACAUCCAUUUUAGUUUCACAAAUAUGGACUUGUAAAAUUUAUUAAAUGACAGCUUGAGAGUUGAGUCUAAUGGACUGCCUCGCAGUUUUAGUGUGUCCGGCAUAGCCGAUAAAGCGUCGCGAUACUUCGUUUUUAGGUGUGUAUUUUAUC